AUGGCAGCAAUAAAAUCCACCUACAAUGUUCGAAAGGCAGAAACAGUAGAAAUUGAAGACGAGGACAUGGAGCUCCUAGAUGACAUCAACAAAGAGCCAGCCGACAAGAGUGAGGAAGCCUUGAAAAAUAUUUUGAUAAAAGAAGAUGAUGUAGAGAGCUUCUUCCUUCUCGGCUCAGGUUUAGUUGAAGAGGAGGAGAGGGAGUUAGAGGCUCUCUCGCAAGCAAACAUAGAACUGGUGGAUACCACUUCAGGGCAUGGGAGGAUGAGCUUUCUGGAUGCUUACAGAGAAUACCACCAGAUAGUAAUGUAUCCCCCUGAUGAGGAGAAGACUGCAUUCAUCACCCCAAAAGGGUUGUACUGUUACAAAGUGAUACCUUUCGGGUUGAAAAAUACAGGAGCAACCUACUAG